AUCGGCACACUAUUCACGGGUUAGGAAUAUGCCUCAAGCAACAGCUUUAUUAUCCGUUGUUUUUGCGUCAUUUAAUAAAUCACAGGUUUUCGCAUCAAACCAUGCCGAAGAACUUUCAAUUCCAGUCCUAAUUCGGUUAUAAACUGACAAAAUCAAAGAGCUUUCGUGAACAAACACCGGCUACGUCAGAACGACAUGUACCGUGCUGGCUGCCAUUUAAACAUGGGCGCCAAUCGUUUACAAUCCACUUCGUCAGGCUUUCUUGGUCGAUUUAAAAUGUUUUAAGUGUAUCGUGGCGGUUUUAAAAGAUCAAAAAGCUUCUAAAAGGCGUGAGAACAGCUAUGUCGCUGUCGGGUAAUCGAAAGAAACUACUGCAGUACUCGCUCGCACAGAUUGAAGACUGUAUUCGAAACGAGGAGUUUGGUCGUGCUCUCGCACAUUUCUGUGUCGUGUUCAAGCUUCAGCCCACCGCCAAGGAUGAGCUGAAGGAAGCGUUCCUGCUUGCUGUCGGAAAGCACACAGCAUACCUGGAGUCAAGGGAGAAGUGGAAAGAGCUGUUCGAUUGCUACGAAGAGCUUCUUAAGGCGUACUACACCUGUGAAGAACUCCAUCAUUCUCUGGGGUCACUGCUGUUCAGGCACGGCCACGUGAAGGAAGCCGCGUCCAGCAUCCGAAAAGCACUGGAGAUCAACCCCAACUUCACGGCGGCCCGCCUGAGCUUGGACGGACUUCGGACUUCUCUGCUGGAGCGAUGGCACUUCCAGAUGCUCAACGACCGCUCUAGGAACGAGGCGUUCCGGGACGCCGUUGCCGCCGCCGUCGCCAGGGGUCACAGGAAGGUGCUCGACAUUGGAGCCGGCACGGGACUGCUCAGCUUAUUUGCCCUGUCUGCGGGGGCCGAUAAAGUGUACUCCUGCGAAGUGUCGCCAACAUCUUCCGAAAUGGCACGGGCUAUAUUUGAAGAAAACGGCUUUGGCGCGGAGGCCAGGAUCAUCAACAAGCUUUCCACAGAACUCGUCAUACCUGUGGACCUUGACGAACGUGUCAGCCUGGUGAUAACAGAGACCUUUGAUUCCGGAUUGUUUGGUGAGCACGUCCUGAAGAGCCUGGCACAUGCCUGGGACUGCUUACUAGAGCAACAACCACAGGGGGCCCAGCCGGAAGUAAUUCCAGGGAAGGCCGAAGUGUUUGCCUGCCUCAUUGAAAGCGAAUGGAUUCGGUUAGGAAGAAGAGUGUCCGACCAUCUAGUCAAGGACACACUCAAGCUGCAAGAAUGUGACCUAGUUUCGGAGGAGAGUGACGAAGACCCUUACACCACAGAGAGGCUGAGUCGGAUCAAGCACGGAUACAGGUGUCUUUCGGAACCUCUCAGCUUGAUCUCUGUCAACUUCAACGACCGUCAGGACGUCCAGCGACUUGUGGAUGGAGUGGAGUGGACGGAGGAAGUGUGCUGCAGUCAGUCGGGAACACUAGACGCGGUCUGCGUGUGGUUUCGACUCGAAGUUGGAGACACCUGGCUGGACACUGGACCUGCGACCGAAACCUGCUGGGAGCAGGCCAUCUACCCCGGUCCUGGUGUCAAGGUCGAUGCAGGUGAUGUAGUUCAGCUCCAUAUGGUUUGCAAGGGGCACCUCAGCAUAAGCUACUCCACCAAGCAGCCCAGUGGCCUCACCCUAUCCCCGGCACAGACAGUCCGUCUUCCGAGUGACACGGUGCGCGCGCUGAACGGUCAGCUGCGCUCUUCAGCAAUGCUCGCCGAAGAGAUGCUCUCCUCGGGGCUCUCGCAGACCUGCAACGUCCUGGACCUCUCGCAAGUCCCUGUCCUGGGCUUGAUGCUCGUCCGAGCGGCUGCCUCCAGAAUGCUGACCUGGAUGCCCAACCAGGAUUCUAAGGCGUUUGUGUCAGCGUUCGUCAAGGCUCAUGAACUUGAAGGCUCUGUCAGUACGGCGACGGAGUUGGACACCUUGUGUAAAGAGGAGGGCGGGAAGUAUGACGUCCUCAUCAUCGAUGCGUUCGAGUCUUGUGGCCUACUUCGGCACGGAGUUCUCGAAGACGUGGCUCUUUUGAGAAAAAGUUGCUUGACACCAACCGCCAUCAUUGUCCCGUGCACCAUCAUGGUUCGUGCCGUGCUUGUUGAGAGUCAGACUCUGGAAGAGCAGUCCCGCCUGGUUUCCAAUGACCGAACCUUGAGCUACGCCGUUGCAGACAGCAUCAACGUGUUUGAGGUUCGGACACAGCAGGACGUCAACCUGUCCAGCCUUCCCCAUCGCCAGCUGACGGACGUCUUCACCCUCUUCGAAAUAAACUUAAGCGACGUCGGGCUGGACCUCCCAGUCAUCUCCGCCGUUCGUGCGGUUCCAGUCACGCAGUCGGGGCGGGCAUCGGGUUUCUGUUACUGGUUCGACGCUGAGUGCCAGGGAGGCCACGUCAUCAGCAGCUACUGUAAGGAGGGCACGACGUCACAGGCCGCUGUUCUACUCCGCGAUCCGCACUCGGUUCAACCCGGAACGUGCCUAAAGGUGGUAGGGUCCUGCACAGACAGCACUAUCGACAUCUGGUUGGACAGCGUGAAAGCUACAGAAGCCGAGCAUUAAAACUUGUCAUUGAGAA